AUGGCCUCUAUUGAAGACUGGACUCGCUCCGACGUUUAUCAUAAUUCCUUCCUCAUCUCUGACGACGAUGCUCUUGCACACGCUCAGAAGACCAGCGCAGACAACGGUUUGCCUGCCAUCGCCGUCAGCGUCGCACAGGGAAAGUAUCUGAACCUGCUCGUUCGGUCUAUCGGCGCGAAGAAUAUCCUUGAGGUCGGGACUCUUGGAGGAUACUCCACAAUCUGGCUCGCCCGCGCUCUCCCCGAAGAUGGGAAGCUUAUUACUCUGGAGCUCUCCCCCAAGCACGCCGAAGUUGCGCGCGGCAAUAUCGCAUAUGCUGGAUUAACUAAUAAAGUUGAAAUAAUUGUCGGACCAGCUGCCGAGUCCAUCAAGAAGCUCCAGCCAGAGCCGUUCUUCGACUUCAUUUUUAUCGACGCAGACAAGCCCGGAAACUUAACGUAUUUCCUAGAGGCUAAGCGUCUCGUCAAGAAAGGGGGUGUUAUCAUCGUUGACAACGUCGUCCGUCAGGGCCGCGUUGCUGAUCCGUCCUACUCUGACGCCAAUGUCGAAGGCGUUCGCAAGUUCAUUGGACACUUGAAGACGGACAGUGACGUAGAUGCGACCACUAUCGCGACCGUUGGGGAGAAGGGUUGGGACGGGUUUACUUACAUUAUCCGUCUCUGA